AUGGAAAACAUUAAAGCUGGUGAUAAUGUGCUGCUAAUCUGGAACAAUGAUGUUCAGAGUGCCAUCAGCAAACUGGUAGAGGAGAUCAGUGGAAUGGUUCAGAAUGGCACUGUUGUUCUAGAAAACUCAGAAAUGAUCACCGAAUCAUCCCGUCCACACUCAUCAUAUGAUGUGAUAGUUUCCAACUGGUUAUCUCCACAUACAGUGAAGCACACAGAUAAUAUUCUAGCACUGAUAGUAAAGCUCCUCAAACCCAAUGGUAAAGUGUUACUGAAAGAUGAAUCUGAUUUAUGUACUGCCCUUACAAUAAAUGGGUUUGUAAAUGUCACAAAGACUCCAGAUAAUUUAUAUGUUGCUGAGAAGCCUAAGUUUGAAGUUGGUUCUAAAGCCUCAUUAAAAUUAAACAAUAAGCCUGCAAUAUGGAAAUUAGAUGAUACGGUGGAAGCAGCAUGGGGAGGCGGUGGUGAUGACGAGACUAUAGACGACAACCAGCUCCUAGACGAAGAUGACUUGAAGAAACCAGACCAGCAAUCUUUAAGAGUGUGUGCUACAACUGGUAAAAGAAAGGCAUGUGCAGAUUGUUCUUGCGGUUUGGCUGAGGAACUCCGCGGUGAAACCAAGGAUACACCCAAAUCUUCUUGCGGCAGUUGCUACCUCGGCGAUGCAUUCCGCUGCGCUACUUGUCCGUACCUCGGUAUGCCAGCCUUCAAGCCUGGUGAGAAAGUGAUGCUGGAACUAAAGUCUGACAUAUGA